UAAAGUGGAACACCACGUUUCACCUAUACCGAGCUUACACAUUCACUGAGAAAUUGUAAUUUGGGUUUUUAGGGUUUGUGAAAAUGCAGAGGUGUUGUUCGUCUGCCGGUCGAUCUGUGAUAUCUAAACAAUGGUUUUCUUCAUCAAGCACUGAUAAAAUUGUUGCUUCAGUGCUCUUCGAGAGAUUACCAGUUAUAGUUCCCAAAAUCGAUCCUACUGUAUAUGCUUUUCAAGAAUUUUCGUUUCGUUGGAGGCAGCAGUAUCGACGAGAGUAUCCAGAAAGUUUUCUGAAGAAGUCGGAUACUAGGGGAAAAGGUGAUUAUCAAAUUGAUUAUAAACCAGCUCCGCGAAUCUCAGAAGCAGAUAAGACUAAUGAUCAAAGGUCAUUACAGCGAGCACUAGACAGGAGACUCUAUCUUCUAGUCCAUGGCACCACACAUGGUAGUGGAAAGCCCGUCUGGCAUUUUCCUGAAAAAGUUUAUGAGUCUGAAGAGAACUUGCGCAAGUGUGCUGAGUCUGCCCUAGAAUCUUUCAUUGGAGAUCUUUCACAUACAUAUUUUGUUGGAAACGCCCCUAUGGGUCAUAUGGUCAUACAACCCACUGAAGACAAGAAAAUUCCGUCAAUCAAGCGCUUCUUCUUCAAAUCCCAAGUCAUUGCAGUCAACAAAUUUGAUAUUAGAAAGUGUGAUGAUUUUGUCUGGGUGACAAAAGAUGAACUGUUGGAAUACUUUCCUGAGCAAGCUGAAUUCCUGAACAAGAUGAUCAUCAGCUGAUGUUAAUUUCUGCUCAAACUUCAGGCUUGGUAGGAUAGCUAGCGGAAAUAGUUUUGAGUAUAUCCUGAUCUGAAAAAUCCACUUCUUUCCGCAAAUGUAAUGGCUUUGAUUGCUGGGGACCAAUUUUAUGUCCCGGCUGCAAGAAGAUCUGACUGCAAUUUCCAGUGUGCCAUUCAUCAAGUUCUGUAGAAUUUUGAACGUAGGGAUACCUAAAGUUGUGAUGGCCUUCUAUCUCAGCUAUCACCAUUCCUAUUUAUGAGAAGCUAUGCUCAGAACUCUGAACUGGUCAUGCAAUUUAGUAUGAAUAUACUUGUAGAUGCAUGAUUUCAUCUCGUGUCAUGAAAGAAAUAAAACAAAUUACGUGUUGUAGCCUUAA